CGGGCCCUCCCGGAGGCGGCGGCGGCAGCAGCGGCAGCAGCAGCAGCAGCAGCCGCCGCCACCUCCACCGCAAGCCGGCCUCUCCUGGCCCCGCCGCUGCUGCAGUCAUGGCUGCUGACGGCGUGGACGAACGCUCGCCACUGCUGUCAGCAUCCCAUUCCGGGAAUGUCACUCCCACGGCCCCACCGUACUUGCAAGAAAGCAGCCCCAGAGCGGAACUCCCACCUCCAUAUACAGCCAUCGCAAGCCCAGAUGCCAGUGGUAUUCCUGUAAUAAACUGCCGUGUGUGCCAGUCGCUAAUCAAUCUGGAUGGCAAACUUCAUCAGCAUGUGGUUAAGUGCACCGUUUGCAAUGAAGCUACGCCAAUCAAAAGCCCGCCAACAGGGAAGAAAUAUGUGCGAUGCCCUUGUAAUUGUCUCCUCAUUUGUAAGGACACAUCCCGGCGGAUAGGGUGUCCGAGACCCAACUGCAGACGCAUAAUCACCCUUGGCCCAGUAAUGCUUAUUUCUGAAGAACAGCCGGCGCAGCCAGCAUUGCCCAUCCAACCAGAAGGUACAAGGGUUGUGUGUGGCCAUUGCGGAUACACAUUUCUGUGGAUGGAACUGAGGUUCAACACUCUGGCAAAAUGCCCACACUGCAAAAAAAUCUCCUCGGUGGGGAGUGCACUACCAAGAAGACGCUGCUGUGCAUACAUUACCAUUGGGAUGAUAUGCAUUUUCAUUGGCGUUGGACUAACUGUUGGUACCCAAGACUUUUCAAGGCGAUUUCAUGCAACCUAUGUUUCUUGGGCAAUUGCUUAUCUUUUAGGUCUGAUCUGCCUUAUCCGAGCUUGUUACUGGGGAGUCAUAAGAGUCAGCUACCCAGAGCACAGUUUUGCAUAAGCUUCCUUAUGAUUCAGCGAUAGCAGGUCAGAGUGUCUAGUGAUUCUCAGUAAGCUACUCUGAAAAUCUUAUAUCAUUUAUCUUAAUGGAUUCCAUUCUGAUUAAUGUGUGAUAAUUUCAAGACUUGGAGAGUCUUACAAACAAAUGCUCAUUGCACUACAUUAUAUGCAAAUAGAUUGUUUUGCUGCUAGAUUUUCAAACUUGGAAAUAUAAAGCUGUGUUUUUAUGUUCUUUCAAACCUCUUGAAGGUAUUUUCAGAUUUACCACCAAACAUUGAAUAGUCUCAUGUUUUCAUUAUUGUUCAGUUAUUCUGUUACUUGUCGAUGUGUGAGUAUUCCCAAUAAUUGUUAAUACAUGUUUCUACAACAGUUUCACAUUUAUACUUACAUUUCAAUUAAAAAUGAUCAAAAUUGCUUGCUUUAAAAUCUAAACAGUGAGAUUUUGCUUGAACUGCUUUACAGUAACUUUAACCUAAGAUUAUAGUGCCCUUAUUUAAGAAAAAAUUUGGGUAUACCUUCAAAGAUUUAACAACUUUGUCAAAGAAAAAACAUUUCUAGAUACUGUAUGCUUGUUUUCUGUUGUUUGUAGAAAGAUACAAUAUUUUGAUAGUAAUUUAAAAUAUUGGAUUGAACAAUAUUUGUUUGUUCAUGGUUAGAGAUGUUGGAUAAAUGUCUUUCCUCAAAGAUCACAGGACUUAUUUUUCAUUCUUGCCUUUUUAUUUACCAUUUUGAAAGAUCUGGUCUGGAUUCAUGGGAUUUAAUGCAACGUUAUCUCUGAGUAUUCCUUCACAGAGAUUGCAGGAAAUAUUUCAUAUUCACAUGUUUUCUAAUAUUUCAUCAUUUAAUCAAAGAUAUACUUACACUGGAUUGUGCUCCUUUUCAUUAAAUCAUGGUAAAUUUUUUCUUACCGAGAUAAUUAUGUACCACAUAUAUGUGAAGGGAAGUUUACGACAUUGUACACUAACUAAAAUGUUUAUAUUAGAGGUACUCUUACUGGUCUUACCAAAUAUGACUGAUCAGAUGAUUAUCCAAUUUACUUAAGAAAAUAGAUCAGGAACAAAAAGCAGUAUAGUUUGGGGUCAGCUCUUGCACUGCCCAUCCUUGCAGUUUUGAAAAAGAAGUUACUUAAUUCAGAAGUAAUGUUCUGAAAUCUUUCAUGUAGUAGAAUUAGAUAAUUAGAUUAUCUGGGUAAAUUAAUUGGUGAUUGCAGGGAUAAGACUAACAUUUUAAGUUAAGUUUCUGAUUAUUAUAAAAAUGUACUCAUCAGAGUUUGAGCAAAAUAACUGUAAACUUUAAAGAGUUAAAUGAUAAAUGUAUAAGUACAGUAGCUCAGGAGUAUAUGUACCUUUGAAAAUAUGCUAAUAAAGAUUAUUG